UUAAAGAAAAAACUCACACAAUCUCACCAUAAAUAGAACAUAAAUAGAACCUAGGCGUGUGUUCUCCACACUUCACCUAUAUCCUCUACCUUCUUAUAAUUCAGCACAAACCAAAAAGAAAAAGAAAGAGACAACCAAAUCAAAAGACUUUUAACCAUGGAAUCACAAAACGUGAACAACAGCUUGAACGUAGACAUGGAGAACAAUCAAGAAACGGCGUUCGACUACUCCAAAAGAGCUCAAUGGCUAAGAGCCGCCGUGCUAGGUGCCAACGACGGUCUUGUCUCCACGGCUUCACUUAUGAUGGGUGUCGGUGCAGUCAAGCAAGACGUCAAAGUCAUGAUCUUAUCUGGUUUUGCCGGUUUAGUUGCCGGAGCUUGUAGCAUGGCCAUCGGAGAGUUUGUCUCCGUUUACUCUCAGUACGACAUCGAGGUGGCUCAGAUGAAGAGAGAGAACGGAGGUCAUGUGGAGAAAGAGAAGCUUCCGAGCCCGAUGCAAGCUGCUGCGGCGUCUGCGCUAGCGUUUUCUCUAGGAGCAAUUGUGCCUUUAAUGGCGGCUGCGUUUAUAAAAGAAUAUAAAGUGAGGAUCGGAGCGAUCGUGGCGGCGGUGUCGUUGGCGCUGGUGAUGUUCGGGUGGUUAGGGGCGUUUUUGGGGAAAGCACCGGUGCUUAAGUCGUCGUCUAGGGUUUUGAUUGGAGGAUGGCUAGCUAUGGGAGUUACGUUUGGUUUGACCAAACUGAUUGGGUCACAUAGUCUGUGAUGUUUUGUGUUUACAUACGUACGUGAGUAACGUGAGUAAACUCUUCUUCAUGCUUCAUGCUUCAUGCAUCCCAAUUUAAGCGGUUACGUUUUUGUUUAUAGAUAAAGAAAGUGUGGAAAUGAACUUUGUGACUUGUCUUAUUUCGUGGGAAUUUGAUAGUAAUGAGAUAUCUCUUUGUAAGCAUUUGCGUUAUAUAAAUCUAUCAAAUGGAGCUUUUACCCAAUAA